CACCAACACAACAAAUGCCCCCCGCAAAGACCAACCUGAAUGACGGACGCUGGCAGAGAGGCGGCGGUGCUGUUCGUUCAGGUGGUAGGGGUGGUGGUCGUGGACGUGGUGCUUCCCGCGGCCUGAAUGUAAGGGAGGAUAGGGAGGGUGAUAUCGAUAUGGGCGGCGACAGCGGUGCCGGAAUGCGCAGGCACAACCCGUACGGUGCUCGUCGCAGAGGAGGCGGUAAUGCCCCGCGCAUUCACGACCACUCCAACAAGGGCGACCUGAUCGACGUACGCAUCAAGGGAUACGAGGGUGGUACCGAGGACGACUUCGUAGCUUUCGUAAAGCGGAAGGGUAGCAUGGCUUUUUCGGGUAUCCGCUACGACAAUAGCGUUAUGGUGAUCACGGUUCGCGGAAUCGCUGCUGCCAGGCAGAUUGGUAGGCUUGAUGGGUUUUCUUUUGCCGGUAAUAAGCUUGAGGUUACUCUUCCGGAGGAUACUGCCAUGGACGGACCCAGAGAAAUGUCGAAGGACACGCAAAACACACUCGACAGACUUCUGACGUUUCUGAACAAUCGCUAUCAGGAGCACACGAAACUGCUCGACUUAUCCAACAUGGAGAGCGAUCCGAUCAUGGCGGGAUUGGGCAUCAACACUGCUACCAAAGGCACACAAAGCAAGAUGUUUCCGGCACUCAUGAAGCUCUGUACGAAACACCAUCCAGAUGCUGAGAGUGUCAAUCUUUCGGACAACAGGUUGCCGAGUGUGCAUAAUGUUACAGCUCUUGCUCAAACUUACCCCAAACUCAAGAAUUUGAGUUUGUCAAACAACCGCAUUGCCAAAUGGUCCGAUUUGGAUCCGUGGGCGGGAAAGAACAAGUUCCCCGAGCUACAGGAGCUUGUUUUUGAGGGCAAUCCUCUUCUUGAGACCGAACUCGCAAAACCAAACGGUGAUGAACUUUACCGUGCCGAGAUGGUCAGGCGGUUCCCCAACUUGAGGAUGCUCGAUGGCAUGGUUGUUGUUUCUGCGGGCGCUAAUAUCUCAUUCGACAUCCCAGAUACCGAGGCGAAAGCCUCAGAUGGGCGUCCUCAACUACCUGCUCCUAUCACGCCUAACUGCUUCGAGGAGGACCUCGUUCGUUCAACUGUCCAUCGGUUCGUCGGGGCAUUUUACAAACUCUGGGACUCCAACCGUGCGGACCUCACGAACUAUUAUGGCCCUCAAGCAUUGUUCUCUAUCUCGGUCAACGUGCAGGCACCGCAAGGCAAGUCUACUGGCAAUGGAGCUUUCAAAACGGUAGGAAAAUGGGACAACUACACACCACAAAACCGCAAUCUUCUCCGAAUCACGUCUCUCGAAGGACGAACAAACCGUCUCCAUGUCGGACCGGAAAACAUCGGCAAAAUCUUCGACCUCCUUCCCAAGUCAUCUCACGAUCUCACCAACCCUGCGCUCUUUUGUGUGGACGCUUUUUGGCUAGGUGGUCUCACCGGACCCGAGGGUACCGAUGCUUCGAGAGCCAUCCAAGUCAUGGUGCAUGGUGAGUUCACCGAGACAAUUCCUGCGAGCGGCAAGAAGGGUGCCAAGCCCACUCUUAGUAAACGUUCCUUCGACCGUGCCUUCGUCAUCGGCGCUGCAGCUCCCGGAAGCCGUGCAGCUGCCAUUGGAAGUGACUGUGAGAUCAUUAGCGAUUCGUUGAUUGUCAGGGCCUGGGGUGGCCACGACGCCUGGCAGCCGCAGGAAGAGACACCGAUUGUUGGACAAGUCGCUCCCCCGAGUACGCCUGCUAUGCCGACUGAGGCAGCCCCGCCCGCAGCGGCGAUGCCUGUUCCUGGCGCACCUGUUCUUCCGCCUGGAAUGACUGAACAGCAAGCGAUUCUGAUUCAACAAUUGAUGCAAGCGACGGGUUUGAACAUGCAGUUUGCACAGAUGUGUUUGGCAGAAUCGGGAUGGGAUCCGGCGACUGCGAUGCAAACUUUCGAGAGCGUGAGGGCUACGAUCCCGCCGGAAGCUUUUGCGCAGUGAUACGAUCGAGCGUAUGAUUAGGAUAUUUAAUUGUGAAGGGAGGCGAGGAGAACGGGCAAGCUUUGAACUUUAUUUUCUUUUUUCUUUUUAUGAAGG